CAAGGCGAAUAAGCAAAUGAUGGCUUCCCUUGGAAGAGAGAAAAAGAAAAAAAAUUUGAUCUUUCGUGUUAAUGCUGUAGUAAGGUUCCGUAUCCGUGUGCCGAACCCGGGAUCGAUGAUGGAGCAAUUAUUGGGCGGUCCCUGAACGUCGUGAAUAUGACGAAUCGGACAAUUGACCUGAUGAGAAGAGAUGUAACGAGCCUGACGAUAUAACAUCGGUUCCACUCCGUACCUACUUUUCCACAUCAUCAUCAUCACCAUCAUCACAAACUUUCGUCAUCAACAUUCUUUCCGUCUCUCUCAUCUAUCGCAUCUUACCUCUCUCCAUCAACAUGUCCACCUCCGGCCCCAUCACCGAGUUUCCCGCCCCCGGUCUCCGGGAUCCCUUCCGUUACAUCACCGGCCACGACGCCGAAGGCAAUGCCGUCUUCGUCCAGACCGACAACGGCGACCACCGGGCUGUAAUGCUCGGCGGUGCUGCCGCGCAAAACAUCAUCUACAGCGCUGGCUCCAACCCCAUCGAGCUCACCGGCAACGUCGAUCUCGAGUUCGCCAAGAACAGGCCCUCCCUCCACAUCCCCAACGGCGUCUGCGUCCGUAUGAUUGACUUUGCACCUGGCUGCAAAUCCAACAUGCACCGGGCCCUCUGCAUGGGCAUCGGCACCGUGUGUGAAGGCGAGGUCGAGCUCACGCUCGGCAGUGGUGAAAAGCGGAUCCUGAGGCCUGGCGAUGUCUCGAUCAACCGCGGCGCGAUGCACCAGUGGCGCAACACGUCGGACGAGAAGCCGGCGAGGAUGUUGUACACGCUGCUGGACAUCAAGCCGCUGAUUGUCAAUGGCAAGCAGCUGGACUUCGAUAUGGGGUACUUGAUGAAGGAGUACGCGGAGUAUGAUGAGGGCGAGGGGGAUAAGAAGGCUGAGUAAAGGAGACCGGGCUGAUGGAAUAGGGGUAGUGUUCAUGUUGGUGGAGUAGUUACGCUAGAUGCAUCAUAACCAAUAUUGCGAAUUUUCAUUGUUGUUUUCUAC